CGUGCGCCGUGCGGCCGAGGGCGGGCGGCGGCGGCGGCGGCGGCGGAGCGGGGGCGGGGCGGCGCCGUCUGGCUCGGUCGGGCUGGGGCGGGAGCACGGCGCGGGACGGCGGGGCCGCGGGCUGAGGACAGCGGCCUCAGUGGCCGGCAGAGUGCUUAUGAUUUCACGUAUUUUCGCUGAAUUUGUAAAAGAGGCACGUCGAUGAUGGAUUAACACGAACAUUGAAUUUCUGUGCACAGUUUCAAAUUGGAGCAUAUUGAAUUUUCACCCUAGUUCAGCAGCUCUGCUGCUCACUUAAAUGCAGAUGAAUGAAGACCCCAUUCGGGAAGACACCUGGCCAGCGGUCCAGAGCUGAUGCAGGCCAUGCCGGUGUAUCUGCAAGCAUGAUGAAGAAAAGGACAUCCCACAAAAAACACCGGAGCAGCGUGGGGCCGAGCAAGCCCGUAUCCCAGCCUCGGCGGAACAUCGUAGGCUGCAGGAUUCAGCAUGGGUGGAAGGAGGGCAGUGGCCCUGUCACCCAGUGGAAAGGAACCGUUCUGGACCAGGUGCCUGUAAACCCUUCUUUGUAUCUUAUAAAGUACGAUGGAUUUGACUGUGUUUAUGGACUAGAACUUAAUAAAGAUGAAAGAGUUUCUGCGCUUGAAGUCCUCCCUGAUAGAGUUGCAACAUCUCGAAUCAGCGAUGCACACUUAGCCGACACAAUGAUUGGCAAAGCUGUAGAGCACAUGUUUGAGACCGAGGAUGGCUCUAAAGACGAAUGGAGGGGAAUGGUCUUGGCACGUGCCCCUAUAAUGAACACAUGGUUUUACAUCACCUAUGAGAAAGACCCCGUCUUGUACAUGUACCAGCUCUUAGAUGAUUAUAAAGAAGGGGACCUUCGCAUUAUGCCUGAUUCUAAUGAUUCACCUCCAGCAGAAAGGGAACCAGGAGAAGUUGUGGACAGCCUAGUAGGCAAACAAGUGGAAUAUGCCAAAGAAGAUGGCUCUAAAAGGACUGGCAUGGUCAUUCAUCAAGUAGAAGCCAAACCGUCUGUCUAUUUCAUCAAGUUUGAUGAUGAUUUCCAUAUUUAUGUCUACGAUUUGGUGAAAACAUCCUAGAUGUCGUCAUGAACUUUGCCAAAUUUGUGGAACUAUUAAAUGUAUAAUUUGUAGACAUAAAGACUUUCUGCUUUCCAGUUUAAUGAAAGCUUCAAUGUCCCUGCGAACCCACAAUCUCUGCCAGCAGAACGGGUUUUGUUCUGAAUAGUACAGAUUUAUGUGAACACAAAGCCUUUUGUGUAAGCCGCUCCUUCCUCUUAAAAGAAGUCAGUCUGUCUGGAGGGGAGUUACAGGUAAAAGUUAAACUAGUAUCAUUGUCAAUUAAAACUAAUCAAUUUUAUCCAUUUCCCCUUCACUCUUAACAUUCUCUUGUUCUGCUGCCACAAUGCAAGCAUAGUUUGGUAUUUUUGUUACUGCCUUUUUUUGAGAUAUAUAUGUAUCAAUAUCUACCUAUGUCUGUGUGUAUACGUAUAUAAUAUAUAUAUAUAUAUGCACACACAGAUCUUUGCGCGCGUGUACGUGAGUGUGCACACACACACACUUUAUUGGCAGUCCUUUCUUUGUGGAUUGGAUGGGGUUAAAUCAUUUUCUCCAGUUUAAUAGGAGCACUUGACCCAAGUCGGUCAUAUCUGACAUAUUAAUGCUGCUGAUUUAAAAUUAAAUUUGGGCACAGGAAGCACAUAGGGAUGCUCAGCUCGUUUCAAAGUCAAAAGUUCAGAGCACCUUUUCCAGUUUGGAGGCUUCAAACCGUAAGUCCAAAUAUAAAUCACUUCCCAACAGCUAAUGACCCACAGUAGAAUUUUAUAAGACAGUUAGAAAUCUGGGUAAAAGGCUGCCUUUAAGUCUAAGUUUUGUAAAUUCUUUUGUUUACAUAUUUUAUCAAAUACUUUUUUUUUUUUUUUUUUUUUUUAAGCAAAGCCCAGGUGCUUGGUCCACACAGUGUAACGCCAGUGUAUUUUGGACGCACGUUGGGUCCGUUAUUUGUACAAAUCAGUAACCUGGAUUUUGGUACACAGAUUUAAAAGCAACAGCACAUCACUCACCUGCGUGUAUGUGGCGAGGUCCUGGAAGAACAUAGUACUUUAUAUGAAUAAUGUAAGUUGAAGAAUGACAAUGUUGCCCUUGAACAAGUUCUCUGGGACACUUGCAUUUUUAUUGCUACUAUUACUGAUAUAUGAUUAUGGUCCAAAGGCUUUUCCCCCGGCUUUCCCCCAAGAAUGUCUAGGCAAAUACCAGCUACAAUCUCCUAACAUCUUUUGGGGUGCUAUAUGUUCUUGCUUAUAAUGUGCUGCUUCUGUGGACACUGUUACCCCAGGAUCAGUGGCCCAUGCUCUUCUGUUGGUGUGACUGAUAGCGGCCCUUAGCCACAGAAUCCUUCCCUGGCUUAUUCCGUCAAGGUGGUUUUAACUAAAAAAGUGGUUGGUUUAGCAGCAAUACACCCAUGUGUCACUUUGUUUUAGAUAAGCCAUGCGGUUUGAAAGGUAGGAUAAAGGCCUUACAUGAAACCAGUCUCUCGGGGAGAUUGGAAAUCUUACCUAAGAUUUGGGCAGAAGGCUAAACACUCUUGCUGUCAAUCGACCUCCAUCAUGGCUGUCCUUGAUGUCAGAGAUUUUGUAGUUUAAAGGUCUCACGUGUGGCUUGCCUGAUGCCCACCUCGCUCCAGGAAGCCUGCGCCGAGUGCUGUUGGAUGGUAACCCCGCACACCAUAUACGUACACACCACGUUUCCUACAGCGUGUCCAGCGCCUCAUCACAGCAGCCAAGGGCGAGCUUCUCCAUGCAGUGAGUUACCUCGGUCUUAGGUACUCCUCCCGUGUCUGAACUAGUGUCAUCUGCACGCCUGUCCGCUGCUCUCCUGGUGGCUCUUGUAAGAGUGCCUGCAUGUGAAUCUAAGGCCAAACCCGGCUCCCCAAACCCAAGUGGACAUGUGGCCCAGAGAGUGAGUGUGUCUAGCGCGUGCACCACACAAACAGCACAGUGACUUCGGGCCGAGAAACACAGCUCACCGGAGUGUCCUGCUGAGGGUUGGGCCAGUGGAAACAUUUCUAGCAUUCCUUAAUGACUUGCAUUGUGCUGUUUCCACAAGUACCUUUAGCAGCUUCUCAGUACCACAUGGUCUGCCACUCUUGAUGAAUGUGACAAGUGAUUAUUGUUAUUAUUUUAAUUAUUGUUCCAUUUUUUUUGCCUUUAAGGGUGAAGGAAGGGGAAGGGUUUUUGUUGUUUGUUUUCCAUCUUUUUGUGUGUGUGUGUGGCUUAUACCACACUUCCUGAUGCUGUGACUAAUUCUGCUCCCUAGCCAAAUAUAUCAGGCUUCAUUUUAGGCUCAUGUUUCAGAUCUGCAUGCAUUGCUUGCGUUUUCCUGGUAUCUGAAUGUUGGCUCCUUGUUCUAGGAAUCCAACAUUAAUUUCCAAAAUUAUCAUGGGACUUGUGACAACACAAGACAUGAAUCUGUAUAAAAUGUAUUGGCCUUCCUCACUGACCUGCUAUAGUAUUAUCGUGUCGUGUGUGCGUGUGUGAUGUCUGGCUGCCAUGUAAAGCUUCGAAGGAAAACCUUAAAGCAGACCAUCCCUUUUUGCAUGCUCUCUUCUAAGUAAAAUGUCCAAUGUAACUAAUGAAAAGUGCAUGUUAAAGAUAAUUUAGGUUUUUUUUUUUUGGUUUGUUUUUUUAUCUUUGUUUUUACUUGUUUUCAGUUUUCUGUAUAUUUGCUUACUGUGCUGUUUUAGUGGUUGUAGGAUAAAAUGCACUGGUGAAGCAAAUGUAGUGCCAACAGGAGGUGAUUUUCCAGUUAUGUGUGUCAUGCAGCAUUUGAAGGGACUGUGCAUCUUAGAACAAUCACAGUGACCUCUAAACCAGAUUUCAUUUCUAUUAUUUUACGUGCCAAACCCCGAAGUGCAUUGGGCUUGAAUCGCUGAACGCUGUGGACCCAUUGGAAGACUCUUUUGAUUGUCACAAAUUGUAGUGCCUGAAAACAUUCUUAAGCUGAUUGUCUUUAAAAAAAAAAGAAAGAAAGAAAAGAGAGAAAGUAAUCCAAAGACAAAACAGAAACACGUAAUUAUGGUCGAAAUGUCUGUGGUUCCUUGGAAAUGCUGCGCUUUUUGUAUUUUCCAUCAUUGUAGUGCAGUUUGAAUGAAUGUGUAUAGUUCAGAGGUCUUCGUGUUCACAUCUUAAAAGUAGGUAAUGACCUCAUCUUUCAAGCUUGAAUUCAUUUUUAAUUUUAUUUUAUACAAUGUGUAGACAGUUCCCUGUUCUCUGCAUUUAGAAGUAUAAACUAUAUAAAUCUGUUAAUUCUGUAAGUAAUUUUUAUAAUUAUGAUGUAACUCUAUCCUAUCCUUAAAACAUUUAAAAUAAACCCUUUAUGUGCAA